CCACGCGCUGCACACCCACCUACCUCUGGAGCAGCAGUCCCGCAAUCAUCCCGAAUAGCCUUCGGCCAAAUGGCGUCUAUCGUCCGGGAAAGAGUGAUAGCAAGAUUGCACCAGAGGCAGGUGGAAGAGACGGAGAGAAGAGCCAGGGACCAGAUUCUUACUACCAGAUUCGACGAGCCCCUCCCCCUCUCCUCAUCUCCCGCCCCCUCCACAUCCUCCCACCCUCACAACCCCGCUCAACAACCCUCACGAGAAGGGCGUGGCACCUCUCUGAGGUGGAGUCUGUUGUCACGGCGACUCCCCGAGGCUGUUGAGAGGAAUGUGGAGGAGCAGUCUUAUCAGUUCUUCACUGGAGCAGCGGAGGACCUGGAUAUGCCUGUCCCUAUCACUAGACAGGGAGGGAGGGAAGAGGGAGAAGUGAGAGGAAGAGGUAUGGAGGUGGCGGAGGAAGAAGGAGAGAGAGAGGGAGCUGUUAGAGAUGACGAGAGGGAAGGAGAAGGAGACGGUACGGAAGAAGAUGAGGAUGUGGUGGAGGGAGAAAGUGGCGAUUCUGUACAUCCUUCUGGACCAGACCUAGAGGAACCAGCAGAAGAGGGAACUGAGGAGUCUCCCGAUGAGAGCAGCCAGCAAGUCCCAGAAACUAACACCGAGGACUCUGCCUUACUCAGAGGCCAUGGAGCCUCACGUCACUUACUUCGCCCGCCGACCACGAUUUACAUCCCUCACCGAGUCCGACUGGAGAGAGAAGACGGUGUCUACUUCACUCCGUCGUCUGGCCCCCCGGGGACCGCCGUGGAGGACAGGACUCCGUCGGGGAUGCCCCCUCGUUUCUGUGAAGACGAGGGCCUGUACGUGGGGCGCAGACCGAGAUUGAAGUGGACCAAUCGUAUCAUAGGGUUUAGCUAAACUAGAGCGUGAUGGGGGGUUCACUAUUGCACAGGACUAUAGAUAAGAAUUUACUCUCUCCAUGGCGCCUACUACUGUAUGUUAGGUUCCUACGUACAUAGUUUGGUGUUUGUGUAAUUAUACAACUUUACUCUCUCAUUGUCUCCCAUGUCAUUUUUCUUCCUACCUUCCCUUACUACCUUCCCUCCCUUCCUUCCCUUCCUUCCCUCCCUUCCUCUCUCCCUCCCUCUCCUCUCAGGGCAGGGGUUGGUUUGGAGAGGACGGUGUUGUGCUGGCUCUACCUGAUCCACUCCAGGAGUCACCUCUCAGACCUCCCAUCCUGGCCCAUGACCCCACCAGACACAUCUCUUGCUCACCCCACCAUGCUAAAGAGAAAAGAGCCACCAACAGGAAGAUGAUUCCACAAGGUUCAGGAAGCUAUCAGCUGGAUUUAACCCUGUCCUCGCUGCAUUUCUCCCACCACCCUCUGUUCUCGCUGGAGCAUGUGAUGUGUGCCUGUCUCAGAAGAAGUAAUUUUAAAGAAAAGUGCCUGAGGCUAUUUGUUGUUGUGGUCGUCAUGGAAACAAUGUAAUACACAUGCGCACCAAGUUUCACCUCCAUGCGUGCUACAGCAAGUUUGAGGAGUGAAGAAGUAAAUUUAAUGAAAAGUGCCUGAGGCUAUUUGUUGUUGUUUACAAACAUGUAUUGUUGUAAUUUUGAUGUUGGUGACUGAAUACAUUAUGUCUACAAAGUUUCAUUCACAUAGCUCUUACCAUUUGUGAGUUAUACUGACACAUGUGAUCCCAUUAUAAUGUAUUGCCUGGGGCAAUUUGCAGUAAACAAUGUUGUUUACAAAGAAAUAAGUGUGACCAGUCUCUUCGGGUGACGGAUAUCUACAUUCUUACAAAAUUUCAUUACUUUAUGUUGUUUCGUUUUUGAGUUACGCGUGUUCGACCGGCGCUUGUAGCUCCGUCCAGAAACGCCUCCCGAAUUCGGUUCCUGUACCGUCGCAAACCCCAUUCUAUACUCUACAAGACUCGCAAAGGUCCAGCCUACUAUCGCCUUUCCAUUUAGAGCGCUUUCCUCCGUUAUAAUUAUGACU